AUGGAGCAAGGCUUCGAGGUCACGCCUGCACAAACCAAGAAAGAAGCAUUCCUAGAAGCCCGCAUGCGGCACUUCACCGAGCAGCACAUCAAACAUUCUAAGGCGAUCAAACGGCUACAACAAUCCAAGUGUCGGCUAACCAAGAGGAAUACUGAACUGAAGACUGUGAGCUUUGGUGCUGCAAAUCAGCAGCUGUUACAACGACAGCUUGUCAAGCACACAGGAGCACCUGUACCAACGCAGUACUCACCAGAACUACGAGCCUUUGCCUUGACCCUGCAUUUUUACUCUCUACAUGCGUACACCUACGUGCGCAAGGUUUUUGAUACAUGCCUACCCCAUCCCAGGACUCUAACUAAGUGGUACCAGUCCACUGAUGGCGAGCCUGGCUUCUCUGAAGAGGCCUUGAGGGCACUAAAGCUGAAGAGCAAAGCCAACAAAACCUCAGGCAUUGCCACCAUCUGCAGCCUCAUGGUGUACGAAAUGUCGAUACGGUGA